AUGGAGGGCGCGCACCUCUACGCCCACACCCACAGCCAGCACCACCACCGGAGCAAGCGCCCGACGCCGCCCGGGGUCAUGGACGUCGACGUGGACGGGGACGCGUCACCCAAGGGUGCGCGGUACCGCGGCGUGCGGCGCCGGCCGUGGGGCCGGUUCGCGGCGGAGAUCCGGGACCCCAUGUCCAAGGAGCGGCGGUGGCUCGGCACCUUCAACACGGCCGAGGAGGCCGCCUGCGCCUACGACAUCGCCGCGCGCGCCAUCCGCGGCAACAAGGCGCGCACCAACUUCCCCGUCCACGCCACGGCAGCGGCCUACUGGGCGUGGGGCGCGCCGCAGGUGGCGGCCGGCGCGGGCCCGCUCGACCCCAUCCUCGUGCACAACCUCCUCAUGAGCUCCUCCCACCACGGCUGCCGCCUGCUCCACCACGCCGGGCACCACGGACACCCCUCUCCUGCCCGGCCUCCCCCGCCGGCGCCGGCGCCACGCCCCACCGCCUCGUCCCCUGCCGUCGCCUCGUCUCCCGCAGCGGCGUCCGUGGACAUGGACGUCUGGGCCCGCGUCCUGCGGAGCGGGCCGCCGGACGCGGGGCUGCUGCAGGACGCGCUGCACGGCUUCUACCCGGGCCUGGUGCCGCGCAUGGAGCUGGGCGGCGCCGACGCGGUGACGGCGGACCAGGAUCCGCCCGAGGCGCUUGGCGUGGCUUCCCCUUGCGCGGGCGACGACGCCGACGAGGCUGGCGUGAUGCCGCAGGGCCUGCUCGAGGACAUGAUCCAGUACCGGGCGUUCCUGGACGUGGUGCCCGCGCCGCCCGCCGCCACGCGCCGCGGCCGCCGGCAGGGCUGAUGGCUCGGCCAGCGCGCUCGUGCGAUGCACGCAUGGAUUGCAUGCA